UAUACCAUCCUAAUUUCUUCUUGACUUGUCUACACAACACAGCAAAAGCCCCUUCCCCUGUUUCUGUCAACUUCUCUACACCAAUAACUGUUCCAGUUCUUGCCCUUUUCAUAUAAAAAUAACUUCAGAAUACUUUCUAAAUUCGUCUUGCAAUGGAAGAUCGCAAAGAGAAGGCAGCACCAUGGCUAUCAGUGCCACAAUUUGGGGACUGGGACACAAAAGGUGCCAUGCCAGAUUACUCCAUGGAUUUCUCAAAAAUUAGAGAGAAUAGGAAAUAUAACAAGUCAAGAGCCAGUCUUGGAAAUGAGGAAGAAUUCAAUUCCUCAACUACAAGUAAUGUGAAUAAAGACAACUCAGCCGACAACAAUGAUCAAAAUUACCAUCAAAAGCACUCUCCAACUACAAGGAGGAGCAUUUUCAGUUACUUCAACUGCUGUGUGAAAGCUUGAAGAUUUAUGGGAUUUAUUUUCAUGUUCCGUGUAAUGAUAAAUGUACCAAGUUGAUCUUUUCUUCCCCACAUUUUGAAGUUGUUAGAAAUAGGAAAUAUUCUUGGCCUUUUCUCAUAUUGAUAAUCAACAAACUGUUUGUCAAGAACUGAAAUCAAGUGUUAGUGAUGAUUGCUUUUUAUUUGUC